AUGAGGAAUUUUGGGGAUACAGUGCCCCCCGCGGAGCCCCGGCCGGCCGCCCGCCGCCCCCCGCGCACGUGUGCUGCCGGCCCCGCCCACAGGGGUGGCCGUGCCCAAUCAGAGGGCGCGCGUCGGCCCGGCAGCGCCUCACCCCGCCCCGGCUCCGGCCCCGGCCCCGGCCCCCGCCCCUGCCCUGCCCGGCAUGGCGGGCCCCCCCGGGGGCGGCCGGCGCGGCGCUCCGCCCGGGCUGCCGGCGGCGGCGGCGUGUGCUGCUCGCUGCCCACGGGGCUGCUCUGCGCCUACGGCUUCUUCUGCAGCGUGCGGCCGUGACCUUUCCUCACCCGCUACCCUGGGCCGCGCAAGAAUCUCUCCGAGACACAGGUGUUCAACGAGAUUUACCCGGUGUGGACUUACUCCUACCUGGCGCUGCUGUUCCCGGUGUUCCUGGCCACAGACUACCUGCGGUACAAGCCCGUGGUGCUGCUGCAGGGCCUGAGCCUCAUCGUCACCUGGUUCAUGCUGCUGUACGCCCAGGGGCUGCGGGCCGUCCAGUUCCUCGAGUUCUUCUAUGGGAUGGGGACGGCCACCGACAUCGCCUAUUACUCCUACAUCUACAGCGUCGUCGAUGUCAACCUGUACCAGAAGGUCACCAGCUACUGCCGGAGCGCCACCCUGGUGGGCUACACGGUGGGCUCGGUGUCCGGGCAGGUCCUUGUGUCGGUGGCAGGAUGGUCCCUCUUCAGCUUGAACGUUAUCUCCUUAACCAGCAUAUCCAUUGCCUUUGGCACAGCAUGGUUUCUGCCGAUGCCACAAAAAAGCCUUUUCUUUCACCACGUCUCGAGUCAACAGCUCAGCUGUGAAAUGAAGGUGAUGGACUGUAAAAAUGGAUCGGCCGUCCAAGAUCAUCCUGAUGUGCAGAGUGCACCUGGCUGGGAGGAUGAGACAAAAGUUCCCUUAAAUGGGGAGGGUCAUUCAGCAGAGAAACAGGAGCAGAAAGUAGACAUCGUAAAGGUGCUCAAGGAUCUCUGGCGGGACUUCCUGCAGUGCUACUCCUCCCGGACCAUGCUCUGCUGGUCCGUGUGGUGGGCACUGUCCACCUGCGGAUACUUCCAGGUCAUCAACUACGCUCAGGGGCUGUGGGAGAUGGUGCUGCCUUCUCAUAGCACAGACAUCUACAACGGUGCCGUGGAGGCAGCCUCGACGCUCCUAGGAGCUGUUGCAGUUGUUGUUGUGGGUCACAUAAAAACAUCCUGGGCAAUGUGGGGUGAAGUGGCACUUGCCCUGUUCUCCUUUCUCAUUGCUGCUGCUGUAUAUGUCAUGGACACUGUUCAUAAUAUCUGGGUGUGCUAUGGAUCCUAUGUUGUCUUCAGAAUUAUCUACAUGAUGCUAAUCACGAUAGCAACGUUCCAGAUCGCUACAAAUCUCAGCGUGGAGCGGUAUGCCCUGGUGUUUGGGGUCAAUACUUUCAUUGCCUUAGCACUUCAGACUGUGCUCACUUUGAUUGUUGUGGAUGCCAGUGGGCUUGGGUUGGACAUCUUCACCCAGUUCAUGAUUUACGCCUCUUACUUUGCGGUCAUCUCACUGGUGUUCUUGGUCAGUGGCAUAUGCAGUAUUGUGAGAGCUUACAGAAGACAAGAGCAGAUGCAAAGCAGAUCUCCUGAAAGCCAGUAGCGCACCAAGCGAAGACUCUUGGUGACUACAUAUGAAGAUAUAGAUCUAUUUUUAAUCUCUGCCUUUUCUUCCCAAAGCAGUCACCUUAAACGGUAUUUGAUCCAUAUUUAUACUAUAUUAGUAGCACAUUUUAGAAGGCAAAUGUAUUAGCUCUUACAUAAGUAAGAACAAAUAUCUUCUUUCUAAAAUGCCUUUCGUUCUUCUGUUGCAUGUAUGGAUGUGCAGCAAAGAACAGUAAAGCUUUCUCAAAGAAUGAGAACCCUGGGAGGUUUUAGUCUAAGGCUGUCCGUCUACAGGCAGCUUUGUCUAGUCAACUGCUGCUCUCUCUGUCACUGAGGUGCUGCUGCAGGGCAGAAGUGAGGGCACACUAAUGGACCUCUCUGUGGAGAGCCCCAGGCCUGGGACAGGAGGUGGCCUUAGGGCUGUGCUCUGCAGUGUGGCUCUCACUGGGGCUACCCUGUGAUGCUGGGUGCUCCGUUUUGAGGACUGGUACACUAAUGUUUCUGCACACGCACAUGCUUCCUUGAGGAGCUUGUACUGUUUGUUUCUCCUGCUCCUGUCUUCUGUCGCCCCUUCUGCCAGCCCAUGGCUGAUCAUGGUGCUUCCCCAAAAACAUAACUGUGUCCUGGGGCAAUUUGUAACACUGCUGGACUGGUAAUCAGCAAAACUACUUGUGCCAGUACCCAAAGGAUUGUAAAGCUGGAGGGGAAGUUAAGAGGGAGUUUAAAUAGACGAGAUGCUAAUCCAAGGGACCCUUAGACAACUUUGCGUUUGUCCUUUAGGGCUGCAGGUUUCUGUGAUUACAGGAGUCACUGCUUCACAACCCUGGGGGCUGAACUGUUUCAGUGGGAUGGUGGAUGUUAGCACUAAGAAGUAGGGUGACUUGCAGGAUUUUAAGCUAUUCUUUGUGGCCUUAGAGAACUGUGACUCUGAUGACUAAAUAGACACCUUCAGUUAUGGUAGUUAGCACACUGACUGUCUGAGGCUUUGAAAAAUGAUGACUUAUGGUCUAUCAGUUUUUUCCCCCUUAUUAUAAAAUGCCUUUAUGCUUCUGAUGGGUCUCUGUCCACUAAUGCUACCUCUUCUUUCCACGUGAGCAGAACAAUGAAUGUUUGGAGUGGGCAGUCCUUUUGUUUUGUCCAGUUUAAGCAAUUUGGGACUUGCAUCAUGUCUCUUUUUAAAAAAUAAUUUAUUUUUUCUAAAUUGCUUCAACACUGGGAAGGAGUUGCACAGAGUUGUCCUGGGCUUGGGCACCUGGAUACUCAGGUGCCGUGAUCAGCACAGCAACAGAUAUCUGCAGUAUACUGUGGAAAUGGCCUGUGGACUGUCCCUGUUGCUGUGAAGGUUGUGGUGAUUUUAAGUGUACAGGAGAGCUGGCAAGGGAGAAGAUGCAACACGUCGUGCUUCCCUCCAUGCCUUCUCUUUGUGUGUUGGUUAGAGGUUCUUCCUACUUUCAGCUGAAGAAGCAGCUUUGGUUCAUCACUUGCUUUUAGUGCCAUGGAAACUUCACAGCAUUGGGGUUGGGAAGGUGUUUUCCCUCUGACUGGGACAUUUCUCAUCAUUUUCUGUGAACCUGAGCCUUUAUCACACAAGGUGAAUGAUUAAUGUGUUUGGGAUCUGGGGCCUGGGGACCCCUUCCAGGCUGGCUGCUCAGGGUAACCCACUCCCCAAAGCUUCUCUGUGUUUGCAGGCUGCCUCCUAAAACAGUCCCCUAAAGAGGGCUCAGCUGCACUGGCAUUUACAGACGUAAACUUCAGCCUUAUCCUGAAAUGGAAACUUGAAGCCACCCAUGUAUAUAUUCCUUUCUCUGCUGUUUUUUGUUUUAAAAAAAAAAUCUGAAGCCAUGAAAUGCUAGCUGAUGAGCUGUCCUGGUGCAGAGGUAGUCUGUCCUUUGAGUUCCUUGGUCUGAUGGCAGUUGCAGCAAGGCCAGAGGAGUGGGUGUAUGGCACUCUUGUCAAGUGACCCAAAGGAGCAGCUCAAUUUUAAUCAUGUUUUUCAUACAGAGAGCAAAUCUUUGAUGGGGAACAGCCCAGUUAUUUUAAAAGCAAGCCAAAAAUUAACUAACAAACUACAGCAAUAGCAAUGAUUUGUCUACCAAAGUAAUGAAACUGUGGCAACUGCAAUAGAGAGGCAUACUACACUGUGUACAUCUUCAGGUCUGCUAAUGUAUGGGAGCCAUACCUGGAUGUUGUUCAGGUUCCUAACUGUGCUGUUGCUGUGGUGAUGAGGUGACUAUAAAGCCUGACUGGAGCUGUAUGCAGAGUUAAUGAUGCCUAUGAAAUUCUGUAACCAUGUUGACAUUGUUGGUUUCUAAUUGAAUAGAUAUUUUUGUUAAAUAAAACUACUUC